AUGAAUCCCAGGAAGUUGUCCCUCAUAGCGGGCAUCUUUUCUGUCCUCAACACCAUCCAGUUCCUCAUCUUUGACCUGAACCAGUUGACACAGAUUGGCUAUGAAGACAGUUUCAGCAUCUACCUGCACACAAAGUCCCAACUAGUCUCUAGGGUCGUGACCUCCAAGGAUAGCAUCAGCAUUAGCCUGUCCCUCCCCACCUUCCUGGCCAGCUGCUUCCUCCUCUACUGCAUCCGCACGAACAUCUACGUGGGGCCGCUCGUCUACGCGCUGUGGAUCACCGCUUACGAGCUCGCCAGCUUCUCCCUGGUCCUGCUCGUCAGAGGGGCCAUCAAGGAACAGUUCAAGGAGCUGAGCUACUUGUACUUGACCUUGCAAAUCUCACGCAUGCUCCUGCAUUUCUUCUGUCUGCCCUUCGUUGUCAAGCUCGCGUACACCCUCUACAAGGACCCCCGCAGUCUGGGCAAGGUGCACAGGUGCAGGACCUCCUCCAUCAGCAUGGUGGACCGCAAGCUGAACUGA